AUGGAAAUUUCUAUGGAUAUUAGAAGUUAUAGGUUAUACAAAGUUAGAAAAACUUUAAUGGAGUUGUUAUAUGAUAGGGGCUUUCAGAUUUCAGAAUUUGAUUUGACUUUUACUGCCGAAGAUUUUAUAAAUAGAUUUUCAAGUUAUCCGAGUUUGUCUGAUUUAACCAUCUUUGCUCGUCGUAAGGACAACGAAGAGGAUUCUAUUCAGUGCGUUUUUCCUUAUUCGGAUCCAGAGAAAAAGGUGGGCGUAGAAGCUAUAAGAAAACUAAUUUUUACUCUGACAAAUGAGAAUGUUAAACGGUCCAUUAUUGUUGUCGAAAAUGGAAUUUCUCCCGGUGCUAAGCAAGCUAUUGAGAAAGGAAAAGAAUUGAAUUUAAUAUUUGAAGUGUUUUUACUAGAUGAACUUGUGGUAAAUAUCACGCGCCAUCGACGAGCUUACAAACAUUCAGUACUCACGAGUCAGGAGAAACUCGAUUUGCUAAAGAGACAUAAACUUAAAGAAAGUCAGUUACCACGCAUCCUCACAUCUGACCCGAUGGCUAAGUACCUCGGAGUUACUAAGGGGCAGGUCGUCAAGAUUCACAGAAAAAGUGAAACUGCGGGAUCUUACGUCACCUAUCGCCUGGCAGUAAACACCAGAACGUUAGACUUUAAAAAGGAGGAUGCGCAGUGUGUGGAAUUGAUACCAAUUAAGAGGAUUAUAUCCGCUUUAUAUGAGAUAAAGUUUCCGUGA